UGAGAAGCCAAGGCCAUGCGCGCAGUAUGAGCUUCUUACUUGACUCCUGCGCUUUAUUUUUUUCGCAAAUAGCAUUCUUUAUAGGAGGAUGGGUUUUCUUUCUUCGGCAACUUUUCCGAGAUUAUGAAGUCAAGGACUCCAUAGUAGUAUUGAUCUUCUCUCUUACUUUCUCCUUGUCUUGUACAGUUUUCGAACUAGUAAUUUUUGAGAUACUUGAUGUUUUGGAAGCUUCAUCCAGGCGCAUACAUUGGCAGUUCAUUCUCUUAACAACACUUCUAGACGUUAUAAUAGUUAUUCCAUUCUAUAUAUCAUUUUAUAUUAGUAAGAGCGUACGAUUUAUUCCUCCUAAACAUUCAGUCAGACUUUGUUUCUCUUUUACACUAAUGACUGCAUAUUUAUACACCUUUUGGAAAGUGGGUACGUCUUUCCCUAUUUUAAGUGGAAAGCAUGGUGUAGUAUUCUUGGAGCACUGUAUUGGUCGGAUAGGUGUUAUUGGAGUAACCAUAAUAGCUUUUUUAUCCGGUUUUGGUGCUGUAAACUAUCCGUAUUCUUGUAUGACCUAUUUCGCCCUAUCUGUCUCGAACUCAGAAAUUCGUACAGCUGAAAGAAGAUUGUUGCAAACUGUGGAUAUGAUUUUGGUGAAACGUCGGAGGUUAGCCCAGUUUCAUCUUGAGGCACGAAUGAAACACGCUACCGGUGAAAAAUCCAGUACCUUUUGGAAUAUGCUAAGGACAGUCGGAAUGUCCAUUUCAUCACCUCGCAUUGACGAGAAGUUAUUGAAGCAUGAGAUAUCUGUUCUUGAAGACUUAAGUCGUCAACUGUUUUUGGAACUACACUACCUCCGAACUGCCCAAGAACGUAUAGAAUUUUCAAAAACAUGGAAAGGACGAUACUUCAAUUGUCUUGGCUACUUUUUCUGCGGAUAUUGCUGUUGGAAAAUAUUUAUAUCCAUUGUAAAUAUUUUAUUAAAUCGCUUCGGUGGACAAGAUCCUAUAACACGUUUUAUGGAUAUAACUAUACAUUAUCUAGGUUUUCAAAUUGAUGUAAAAUUUUGGUCACAGCAAAUAUCUUUUUGGCUUGUUGGUAUAAUUGUUGUAACAUCAAUCCGUGGACUCUUAAUAACAUUAACAAAAUUUUUUCAUGCAAUAGCCAGCACAAAAUCAUCGAAUAUAAUUGUUUUAAUCAUAGCACAGAUAAUGGGUACUUAUUUUGUUUCUUCUGUACUACUUUUACGUAUGAAUAUGACUGCAGAGUAUAGGAAUAUGUUAAAUCAAGUACUUGGUGACUUACAAUUUCAUUUCUAUCAUCGUUGGUUUGACGUAAUCUUUCUUAUUAGUGCUAUGUGUAGUAUUGCGUUUUUAUACUUAGCGCAUAAACGAGUUGCUGAAAUAAAAGAUGACUAUAUUUCUUGACUUCAUAUUGUUUAUACGUGUUCAAGACAAGCUAGAUAUUUUUUUAUGCUGCUUCCCGCAACUUGCAUUCCACAAGCAAUAGAUGUUAUAGUAAUAUUAAAUUCUAUUUAGUCCUACGUUAUUUCGGUCUGUUUUUCUAUUUAUCUUGUUUUUGUCCUCUCAUGCAAAUGAGGUUUAUCAACUUGAACCAACGCAUAUCUAUGCCAGGUUCUAUAUCAUUGAUAACUGCGUUUUUGCGCUUCAUUCUCUAAAUGAACUUAAAUAAAGUUUUCAGUAUUCCUUUAUUUUAAUAAAAAGUUUUUUAGACAAUAUGUUAAAAAAGCCAAUGAAC